UUUAUAAAAGCUAAUUUAUAUAGUCCUGUUCUGUUAUCAAAUGUACAAAGUUAGCUUUUCCAAAUUAACGAUAACUUACCAGUUAGUGUAAAAAAAAAAAUAAAUAUUUUAACUUUAUAGUCCCCUUGAAAAUAACAACUUUACAUCAGCCAUAAGGUUUCCAAUUAAAAUUACCUCAAAAAUGAAGUUAGUACCUUUACAAGAAAAUAGAAGGCCAGUCUAGUUUUGUUACCUAACAACCACUGCUGUUUUCAUUAAAUGUAAAAAGCGGCUAUUAGAUUGAACGAAUUGUUUAGAAUGAAUCGAGACAAAGAGAUAAAAGAAAAACUCUUUCGACAUGAUUGUUCUGUGCCGUCGCCAGAAGAUGUAAUAGUACAAUAUAUAGACAGUGGUUAUUUUGUGUAUUUUAGAAGAGCCUUUAAGAGACUGUUAAUUGCAGAUAUGAAUAAUCCGUUAGCAAGAAAUGCCUUUAAAUCCAAUUAUGCCAUUCGAAUGGAACAAAAUAGACAUUUAAGGUACUACUAUUACAUGAUUCAUCCGUUUAGUGUUGCAAGGGCAUAUUGGGAAGCUUUUUUUAUGGUAGUUCUCUUUUUAAUUUUGGUUCUCACACCGUUGUUAAGUGUAUCCUUAGACGGUAUACAGAAAUAUUCGAAAUAUUUCGUGAAAUCCGUGCGAUAUCUGAAUUUCUUUGGAAUUGCAGACAUAUUUUUAACAUUCUGUACCGGAGUGUACGUACACCAAACAAGAAAAGUGGUAUUGGACCCAAAAAUUGUGGCAAAGAAAUAUGUACUUGGGUAUUUCUUUGUGGAUUUGUUAUCGUCUUUUCCCUUUGGAAUGACCAAGGAAGCCGCUUUCAAAAAGUCCAGCUUAACAUAUCAGGUGCUUUCGUUUGCACCUUUUAUAAGAAUUCUCCGAGUCGCCAAUCUUAUGAAAUAUAUAGACAGAUUUCGAGAUUGGCGUCACCACAGUUAUUAUAAAGUCAAAGUUAUCAAAUUGUUCAUAAUUUUUGUGCUUCUCGUAAUGUGGAGUUCAAGUGUAAUGUACAGGGUGGCUUUUCACGGAAAAUCGAACUGGCUCCUGGAGGGUAAUAUAAUCCGAAAUUUGGCUUUGUCUAUAUUAAAGGCCGUGUACGAUUUGGUCCACGUCGGAAGUGAUAUUAACAAUUCCAACAAAGUUGGGGACAUAAUUGUCAGCAUAGUCUGUAUAAUUGUUGGAUUUGUGUUCAAUUUAUUCGUUGUCGGUCAGAUAAUGUACCUGCUACAAAAGUACAAUAAAUCGAAGAACAAAUACAGUCAUCUAUUGCAAGAAAUUCGCCAAUACUGCAGAUACAAGCAGCUCCCCGAUUCCACAAAGAAACGACUUUACCAAUACUAUAAUUUUCGAUACCAAAAGAGUUUUUUCAAUGAGGAAGAAAUUUUGAACACACUAUCACCACAAUUGCGACAGGAAAUAAUGUUACAUACAUGUAAACAUUUACUGGAAAAAGUCGUUUAUCUGAAGAAUUUGCCUAUAUCAACAUAUGUCGGCAUUGGAAGUUCAAUUGAACCAGAAUUUUAUCUGCCUAACGAUAUAAUUUACGAGGUGGGGGCAGAAGGCGAUAAAAUCUUUUUUAUUGUAACUGGAAAAGUUGCAGUUUAUAAUCAAGAAAAACAAGAGAUAUGCCACUUGUCGGAUGAAGAUUAUUUCGGAGAAUUUGCGAUACUGUCUGACGAUGUAAAAAGAUUAAUAACUGUCGUUGCUAUUGAACCAAUAGAGGUGUUAACUUUGUCAAGAAGUAAUUUUCAAAAAGCUAUAAAGAGAUAUCCUGAGUUACUAGCAAGGAUUACAAAGCUUGCCCUUAAAGAUGCCAGAGACGUUUUAGAUAACAAUACUGUUGAAAAUUAUUAUAUUCAAAGGGCAAAAGAUAAAAAACAUAUCUGAGCACCACAUGCCAUCAUUGUAAUUGUGUAUGUGCUUAUUUUUUAUUAAAUAAAAACGUACACAUUCGAAUAUUUUUAUUUAU